UUCAUAGUUCCUCUGCUUUCCUCCAUUUCUCGAUUAGGGUUUAGUUCUGCUCCGAAGAAGGAAGAGAAGGAGAAGAAGAGAGGAUACUUGGAGAGAAGGGAGAAUGGGGUUCUCAAUGCAACCUUACGGGAUACAGGCUAUGCUCAAAGAAGGGCACAAGCAUUUGUCUGGUCUCGAGGAGGCAGUUCUUAAGAACAUCGAUGCUUGCAAGGAGCUCUCUGUUAUCACACGCACUUCUCUAGGCCCGAACGGUAUGAAUAAGAUGGUUAUAAAUCAUUUGGACAAGCUCUUUGUCACAAACGAUGCAGCUACUAUUGUGAAUGAGCUUGAAGUUCAACACCCUUCUGCCAAGAUAUUGGUUCUGGCUGGCAAGGCUCAACAGGAAGAGAUUGGUGAUGGGGCUAAUUUGACGGUUUCGUUUGCUGGAGAGCUUCUCCAAAAUGCAGAGGAGCUUAUCAGGACUGGUCUGCACCCAAGUGAGAUCAUUAGCGGAUAUACCAAAGCUAUCAAAAAGACUACUGAGAUUUUGGAUGAGCUUGUGGAGAAAGGUUCAGAAAAUAUGGAUGUCCGGAAUAAGGAGCAAGUUAUUACCCGAAUGAAAGCUGCUGUUGCUAGCAAGCAAUAUGGACAAGAAGAUGUUUUAUGUUCUCUUAUAGCUGAUGCAUGCAUCCAAGUCUGCCUCAAGAAUCCAGCAAGUUUUGAUGUUGAUAAUGUGCGUGUUGCAAAGGUUUUGGGAGGAGGUUUGCAUAACAGUGCAGUAGUUCGAGGUAUGGUUUUGAAAAGUGAUGCAGUGGGAAGUAUAAAGCAAAUGGAAAAGGCAAAGGUAGCUGUGUUUGCUAGUGGUGUUGAUACCUCUGCCACUGAAACAAAGGGAACUGUCUUAAUCCACAGUGCCGAACAGCUAGAGAAUUAUGCAAAAACUGAAGAAGGUAAGGUUGAGGAGCUCAUCAAAGCAGUGGCUGAUUCUGGUGCCAGGGUUAUUGUCAGUGGGGGAGCAGUUGGUGAAAUGGCACUGCAUUUCUGUGAGCGUUACAAGCUAAUGGUCUUAAAAAUUAGCUCUAAGUUUGAACUGCGACGAUUUUGCCGCACAACUAGUGCUGCUGCUCUUUUGAAACUCAGCCAGCCAAAACCAGAAGACUUGGGAUAUGUUGAUUUAGUUUCAGUUGAGGAAAUUGGUGGUGCUCGGGUCACUAUUGUACAAAGUGAAGAAGGUGGAAACAGAGUUUCUACUGUGGUUCUUCGAGGAAGUACUGAUAGUAUAUUAGAUGAUCUUGAGAGAGCUGUUGAUGAUGGAGUGAAUACAUAUAAGGCAAUGUGCAGAGAUAGUCGUAUGCUACCUGGAGCUGCAGCUACUGAAAUUGAGUUGGCUAGAAGACUAAAAGAGUUCUCUUUUAAAGAAACAGGAUUGGAUCAGUAUGCUAUUGCUAAAUUUGCUGAAAGUUUUGAAAUGAUACCAAGAACUCUGUCAGAGAAUGCUGGGCUGAAUGCUAUGGAUAUCAUAUCUAAGUUGUAUGAAAACCAUGCAUCUGGAAAUACCAAAGUGGGUAUUGACUUGGAGGCUGGUGAGACAGGUGAAGAUGUUUGUAAGGAUGUAUCAAUCAUGAAUGUUUGGGAUCUCUAUGUCACUAAGUUCUUUGCUCUUAAGUAUGCAGCAGAUGCUGCUUGCACUGUUUUACGAGUAGAUCAGAUCAUAAUGGCAAAACCAGCUGGUGGUCCAAGGAGAGAGCAACCCGCAGGGAUGGAUGAGGAUUAGCCUGUGCGCACUGAAAGCAAUCAAAUUAUCCUUGUCAUUUAUAUCAUCGGGCUGGUUUCUGAACUUGUUCAGGCAUCUCUUUUCUUUUAGAUGCCAAAACACUAGUGCUUGGAAAAUUUUGUUUGUUAUUUCAAAAAGAACAAUGGUUUUGUACCUGCUUCUAUGCUAGCCGUUAGUGUUUCUCUACUGUUAUACAAUCAGAUGGCUGUAAUCCUCAACUGAAAAGCUGAUGACUUAUUUAUCCC